AACCAAAGCGCGUGGAAUGGCCUUGCCUCACUUCCGCCUGGAACAUGCGCGCCUUUCCCCGCCAUGAAACUGCCGCCGGCGGAGUCCACCGCCUUGGCGCAGCGGCGCCCGGGCGGCCAGGGCCACAUCCACGAGGAGCCGGAGCGCGGGUUUAGCCGGCCCGUGCUGCCCCGCAGCGCCACGGUUGCAUCGCCAGAGCGGUCUGGAGCGCGGGGCGGGCGUGGCAAUUUGCUCGCAGGCUGGGGGCAUGAACCCCUAGGAGAGCCGUCAGAGUGGAAAAGAAGCGGCGGCAACGUCAAUAAUGGCCAAUUGGCAGAGACGCUCAUCCAGCAGCAGGUGUCUUUGCUGGAGGCGGAGCUGUUGCGGGAGGCGGCCAUGGGCAGGGACGUGGACAUCCAGGAGCAGCUGGAGCGCUUUGAGUUGAAGAUGCGCAUGGCCCUGGCGCAACGCACCGUCGAAGGCACGGAUGAGCGCACCUGGCACAUGGAGGCGGAGGAGCAGCAGCAGUGGCGGCUCCAGAACCUGCAGCGAGCUGGAGAGGGCGAGGAUCGGCAUAAGCAGCCUGCUGCGGCCCACCCCAUCCCCAUGACAUCGGGUCGUUCGGGCGCGUCGCCGGGUUCAGACUUCCAGCGCCACCGGGCCGUUCGCAAGACAUCGGGUCGUUCGGGCAGCGCGUCGCCGGGUUCAGACUUCCAGCGCCACCGGGCCAUUCGCAAGUCUGGUGUCGAUCCCACUUCAGCGGGUCGAGAAAGCAGCCGUGUUCGAGACAUUCCUGGCGCUGAAACUGAACGUGUUGCUGGGAACGCCAAUGGACAGCCUAUCACUAGCCCGCGGACGUCUCCCCGCUCAGAUGCGGGUCAAGAAAGCAGCUUCUCGCUUCCCAGUGGCACUGAAACUGAGCGUCAUGCUGGGGACGCUGCUAGGCAGCCUAUCAUCGACCAGCGGACGUCUCCACGUUCAGAUGCGGGUGAAGAACGCAGCUUGUCGCGUCAGCAGAGUGGCGUUCGAGACGUUCCUGCCAGCACUGAAGCUGAGCGUGAUGCAGGGAACGCUGGUAGACAGCCUAUCAUCGGCCAGCGGACGUUUCCCCGUUCAGAUGCGGGUGAAGAACGCAGCUUGUCGCGUCAGCACAGUGGCGUUCGAGACGUUCCUGCUGGCACUGAAACUGAGCGUGAUGCAGGGAACGCUGGUAGACAGCCUAUCAUCGGCCAGCGGACGUCUCCCCGUUCAGCUGCGGGUGAAGAACGCACCUUUUCGCGUGAGCAGAGUGGCGUUCGAGACGUUCCUGCCGGCACUGAAGCUGAGCGUGAUGCAGGGAACGCUGGUAGACAGCCUAUCGUCGGCCAGCGGAUGUCUCCCCGUUCAGUUGCGGGUGAAGAACGCAGCUUGUCGCGUGAGCAGAGUGGCGUUCGAGACGUUCCUGCCGGCACUGAAGCUGAGCGUGAUGCAGGGAACUCUGGUAGACAGCCUAGCAUCGGCCAGCGGACGUCUCCCCGUUCAGAUGCGGGUGAAGAACGCAGCUUUUCGCGUGAGCAGAGUGGCGUUCGAGACGUUCCUGCUGGCACUGAAACUGAGCGUGAUGCAGGGAGCGCUGGUAGACAGCCUAUCAUCGGCCAGCGGACGUUUCCCCGUUCAGAUGCGGGUGAAGAACGCAGCUUGUCGCGUGAGCAGACUGCCGGCACUGAAGCUGAGCGUGAUGCAGGGAACGCUGGUAGACAGCCUAUCAUCGGCCAGCGGACGUCCCCCCGUUCAGAUGCGGGUGAAGAACGCAGCUUUUCGCGUGAGCAGAGUGGCGUUCGAGACGUUCCUGCCGGCACUGAAGCUGAGCGUGAUGCAGGGAACGCUGGUAGACAGCCUAUCAUCGGCCAGCGGACGUCCCCCCGUUCAGAUGCGGGAGAAGAAUGCAGCUUUUUGCGUGAGCAGAGUGGCGUUCGAGCCGUUCCCGCUGGCACUGAAACGGAGCGUGACGCUGGGAAUGCUGGUGAAGAGCCUAUCGUCGGCUUGAGGACGUCUCCUCGCUCAGAUGCGGGUCAAGAAAGCAACUUCUCGCGAGAGCAGAGUGGCGUUCGAGACGUUCCAGCUGGCGCUGAAACUGAACGUGAUGUUGGGGAUAUCGUUCACCGGUCACUGGAAGGUCCCCGCCUCGGCGACUCGGAGGGGGAUGGCGGCGCUGUCCGGCGGCAGCCAAGCUUCAGCACUGAAGGAGGGAUCCAGGCGGCUCUGGUGCCGUUGAGCGGGCCUGACCCAACAUCCCCGGCUCCCGCGCGGCCGGAGGUUGCGGAGAUCCAGGGCUUGCUGGAGGACAUCGCGCAGCUGAGAUCCGACGCGCGGCGGCGGCAAGGUGUGCUUGAGCAGGGCACAGAGGAGCUGGCCCGCUUGAAGCUCCUCAUAAGCCUGGGCACUGACCGGCGCCGCUGCCACCGCUGCGAUCUCGCAAUCUGCUCGCUGCGCUGCUUGCUGCGCAGCCUGGCGCAGGUGUUCCAUGCCCUGGACAUGCCAGAUUGGGAGUUGUUGUCGGAGGUGGCAAAGAUCCUCACCUCCGUAGCGCACGUGGACGCUCAUUUGGCCGAGCUGGCGAUGUGGCUGGGGAAAGAUUGGGCCGCCUCCCGCUUGCGAGGUGCGGCAGGACAGGUCCGUUGGCACAGCGUCAUCGCCCGACACGGCGUGGGAGCUGGCUCGCUCAGCGAUGCCGCGCACGCCGUGAGGACGCAGCAAAGUGCUGUGGCCGAUGAUCAUUGCCAUGGUGCUUCCCGUAUGCAAGGUGACACGAAGGCAGCAGAGGCCUUUGACGAGCACGCGGUGCGCCGAUUUCUCGCAGACGGAGAUAUCUCGGCGCUCUGCAAUCUCUGUGGCAAGGACGUGUCCUUGGAUGUCAUGAGUGGCAAUUGCGGCUGCUGA